CGCCUCCCUCCAGCCCCCAGCCUGGCUUCGCGGCGGAGGAGGCGGCGCCUCUCCCGAGGACCAAGCCGGGCUGGGCGGCCGCGCUGCUGGGGUGGCGAAGGCAGGCGGGGGGCGCCUCGCUCGGGCGCGCUCCUCGGCGCACUCGCUCCGGCCCGGGCGUCCGGAGACCCGCGCCGCCGCAGGCCCGCGGUGAGCAGCCUGUGGACACCUCGGACUGACGGGAAGAAGGGACGGGAGGCCGGUUGUGCUGGCUGAGAAGUGCCAUGGCCGGCAACCUGCAGGUCCAUCUGGCUGCUAUCCUUCUGUUGGCUGUGGCUGCUGCCAUGCACUCGGACUGCAUCUUCAAGAAGGAGCAAGCCUUGUGCCUGAAGAAGAUCCAGGGUGCCUACGACCUGCUGGGCUUGAAUGAGUCCUUUCUGGGAUGCCCAGGCAUGUGGGACAACAUCACAUGUUGGAAGCCAGCCCGUGUGGGUGAGGUUGUUGAGGUCAGCUGCCCCGAACUUUUCCGGAUCUUCAACCCAGACCAAGUCUGGGAGACUGAAAACUCCGACAAGGGCUUGGUGAGCCGGAACUGCACUGAAGAAGGCUGGUCUGAGCCCUUCCCCCAUUACUUUGAUGCAUGCGGACUUUACGAGAAUGAAACUGAGCCCGAGGACCAGGAUUAUUACUACUUGUCAGUGAAGGCCCUCUACACGGUCGGCUACAGCACCUCCUUGGUCACCCUCACCACUGCUAUGGUCAUCUUGUGCCGCUUUCGGAAGCUGCACUGCACCCGCAACUUCAUCCACAUGAACCUCUUCGUGUCCUUCAUGCUGAGGGCCAUCUCUGUCUUCAUCAAAGACUGGAUCCUGUAUGCCGAGCAGGAUAACAACCACUGCUUCAUCUCUACUGUGGAAUGCAAGGCCGUCAUGGUUUUCUUUCACUACUGUGUCGUGUCCAACUACUUCUGGCUGUUUAUCGAGGGCCUGUACCUCUUCACACUGCUGGUGGAGACCUUCUUCCCUGAGAGGAGAUACUUCUACUGGUACAUCAUUAUUGGCUGGGGGACCCCAACUGUGUGUGUGAUGGUGUGGGCUGUGUUGAGGCUCUACUUUGAUGACACAGGCUGCUGGGAAAUGAAUGACAGCACGGCUCUGUGGUGGGUGAUCAAAGGCCCUGUGGUUGGCUCUAUAAUGGUUAACUUUGUGCUUUUCAUCGGCAUCAUUGUCAUCCUUGUGCAGAAACUGCAGUCUCCAGACAUGGGAGGCAAUGAGUCCAGCAUCUACUUAACAAAUUUAAACCCGCGAGUCCCCAAGAAAGCCCGAGAGGACCCCCUGCCUGUGCCCUCAGACCAGCAUUCACUCUCUUUCCUCUGCGUGCAGAAAUGCUACUGCAAGCCACAGCGGGCUCAGCAGCACUCUUGCAAGAUGUCAGAACUGUCCACCAUUACUCUACGGCUGGCCCGGUCCACGCUGCUGCUCAUCCCCUUGUUCGGAAUCCACUACACGGUGUUCGCCUUCUCCCCAGAGAACGUCAGCAAGAGGGAGAGACUCGUGUUUGAGCUGGGGCUGGGCUCCUUCCAGGGCUUUGUGGUGGCUAUUCUCUACUGUUUCCUGAACGGGGAGGUGCAGGCAGAGAUCAAGCGGAAAUGGCGGAGCUGGAAGGUGAACCGCUACUUCACCAUGGACUUCAAGCACCGGCACCCGUCCCUGGCCAGCAGUGGGGUGAAUGGGGGCACCCAGCUCUCCAUCCUGAGCAAGAGCAGCUCCCAGCUUCGCAUGUCCACCCUUCCAGCUGACAACCUGGCCACCUGAGCCCUCUCCCUUGUCCUCUCCUGCCGCACAGGCUGGGGCUGCAGGCAGGUGUCUGCAGCGCAUGUUUGAGCCUCUUCCCUCCCCUUGGGCAGGCCCUGGCUGGAGCUUGGCUCCUCCCCAAGGGAGAGAAGGAGGCAAGGCACAAUCUGCUACUGCCCCUCCUAUUUUGGUACUGGCCCCACCCACCACGGUUCCCUGGGCCCUGAUUUGACAGUGUAAAUAACCCUCAAAUUUGGAAGUCUGUCCCAUCCUUGCUUCUCUCACCUCAGCCAGGCCCCACCUGCACCCCACUGUCUGGCCAGCCUUGGUGAUGGCCUGCCCCCAGGCAAGAGGCCUUGUGAGCUGAGGCUGGAGAGACCCUCCUCUGGAGAGGCUGGGGUAGGACCUGCCCCAACAGCCCCAUCGUGUCUGACUUCAGAUGUGGGCCCUCCUCAAGCCUGGGCCCAGCAUCAGUGUCUAGGGGUCUAGCUCCUGGUGCCAGCACGGUGGGACAGCCCCAGGGCUUUUUCAGUCAGAGACUUCAGUUGUGGGGUAAGGGCUGAGGGUCAAGGAAAGUUCUGGUGCUUUUCAUUUGAUCCAAGAAGAACUGAGAGCCAGAAAUGCGGGUACAAUUGGGAAGGAGGUGGAAGAGUUGGGAGACCCGUGGAAGACCUUCACCAUCUCUGAUAUUCUACCCCUGACUCAAGAUGGGCAUGGUUCACUUGGUAGCUACCCUUCUACCCCACCUGUCCCUGGGGAUACCCCAGAGAAGCUGCUCUCCAAUGACCCCUACCGUGGAGAGUCUCUGUAAGUCCCUGCCCCCAUUUCCCCUCGAGUCAAAGCCAUGUCUAGAAUGAACCAGCUGCCUUCCUGUGAUGUCAGCGUGUCCUCAAGCACCUUGCAUCUCCAUGUGCCCAAGUCCCCAUCCCGGGGUCCGCCCACCCUCCACCCUCACGGAUGAUGGCCCCAGAUGCCAGAUCUUCAGGCCUGGACUCAGCUACUGAACUCUCUUAGAGACCUCUGCAAAGACUUCUUUGGGUGCCCUGGGCAUUAGAUCCCAGCAGGCUGCUAGAAUGUCCUGAGGGGAUGACAUACCCACCAUAUUCAUUAGCAGAAGCUACUGAUGGUGGAGCAGCUACUCCCCAAUGCCUAUCCUGGCUCCCAGCUGCAAGUUGCACAACCAUGGCCAGGCACAACCAGGCUCUAGAAUGUAGAGAAAGUGCUGGGUGCCAUGGGCCCCAGUUCAUUCCACAAAUUCUUGGUCUUGUUCGUGUUUGUGUGUUUGAGGACUUGCUUCAUGAUCCUAUUGUGGAAUGCCUUGGAAGUUUGGUUGAGGGUGAUUUGGCUUUGCUCAGUUUCAUAAAGAGGAAGGAGCCCUGGGACUUGAGAUGUUUUUCUGGGAAAGGCCUGCAGAUUGAGUGGAUAGGACUCUUGUUUCUAUGAAUAGAGAUGAGUCCUGUGUCUUUGGCAGUGCAGUCAGCCCCUAGGUCUUUGGUAAAGCCAGAGGGAAAAAGGCCCUGAUGCUCCUUUCCAAGCACGUGUAGUGACUUUGGUCACAGGUGUGCAGUGGCCUUUCCAUCCUGCACCUGACCUUCUCAUCCCCUCACCUGCCCUGGGAGCCAGGUGUAUUACACAAGCAAGUAUCUGCUGAUCACCUGCACUUGAGAUGCUGCUUGGAAGGAGCUGUUGCCUAGGAUUCAGAGACCUAGAGUCUGCCUCAGUUUGGUUUAGAAUACUGUGAUUAUGGACAUGAUGCUUGUGAAGUGAGGUGGCUUCUGCUCCUUCUCCAGGCUCUGUACUUGAGCAGCCCUCCAGUGCAUAACUAAGGCAGGUAGAUGAGCGUGCAUCAGUGUAUCAUCUGAGGUUUAUGUGUAUGUAUGUGUGUAGAUAAAGUGGGGAAUACUGCUUAUGUUCCCAUUCUUAGAAACCAGAUGCCUUUCCCUUCUAUUUGGACACUACAGUAGUAGCUGGCAUCCUGGAGGGCAGGCUCAGGCCAUGGAUACUUGAACAGGUAUCUUGGCAUGAUGUGGUGACUCAUUGCUCUCUACCUGGCUGGGGCAGGUGCCAUGACUGGUAUCCUAGAUCCAAGGAGUCCCGUGGCUGUGGACCCCUUCAUUUGCCAUCACCCCACCAGCAGGUCUGCUUCACUGUGGAAGAAGAAACUGUGACUUUAUAUGUACAUCAUCGCCAAGCAGCAAAAAGAAAAUCUACCCUGAGUCUCACAUCCUGAACUGUUCCCUGAGCCCUGGACCUGAAUCUUCCUAGUGGUUCAAGUUCCUAUUGGUUAUUUCUCUGUCUGAAUGCUCUUUGUCAGUUUUGUGAGCAGAUGUAUGCUAGGUACUCUGAAGGUCCUAGGAGAUUCUGGUUUUCAAGGUCACAAUGCUCUAGGGGAACAAUGUCAGGUGUGGGCAAAACCUUUCCCUCUCUGACCCACUGUUUUCAAAUCUACAAUGGGCAAUAAGACUAGAGGAUUUGUAUAUAGCCAGUGCAUCCCCUAGAAUUCCCUAUGUAAACACCAGCUACCCCUUUGGAAUGAGCCCUGGGAAAGACUGCAGUAAUUGCUUUGAGCAAGAAAGGGUAAGAAACUGCUAUGUGAAGAGGGCUUCAGACAUUUGGCAAAGGUAAUUCUGGAGAGAAGUAGGAGGCUUGUUCCUGGGAAGGUGCUUGUUCUAUGUAAUCCUAAAGGACAGACCCCACCCUCACAGGAGACUGACUUCUCCUUGGGAUAACGAGGUAGAUAGCUUCCCGUCAUGACUGCCCGGCCAUAGGUUGGCAGGCAGUGUGUGGAGAGAGUCUCUCAUCCUGAGGGAAGUGGGGUUGUAAGUCAGGGAAGCUGAGGCUUCUGGGGAGCCAAUGGAGGGUCAGAAAGUGGGAUUUAGGAGGUUCAGCCCUCUUGUGGCCCCAGCACUGUGAGCCUCACGACUCCAAACUUGAGGCCAGACUGUAUUCCCCAUGGGCAGCACUGUGAGCCUUCUUGACAUGUCCAGUGGCCACAGCAAUUCCUCCUCUAGCCCCAUCUUCCCUGAACUGGGUUCUUGGGCAGUAGAAUAAGGGAGCUCAAGCUGGGCCCAAAGCUGGAAAUUUACCUGUGUCUGUGGACACUCACCAAAGCCUCAGCCUCUGGAUGUGCCCCUCUCUUCUGUGAGGAAAGACUGGAAGAGGCUCUGUCUUUAAUUCUUUGAGUACCCUUACCUCCUUCAGGCCCACUCCAGAGAGAAAAGCAGUGAGUACUUUGUCAUCAUCAACUCCCACUUGAGCCCAAGAAACUUGGAAACUGGCUGGAAAAGCCCGAGCAAAGAGCAGGGGACUUGGACUUAUCCCAGCUUUGCCACCUACCUGCUGUUUGAUCUGGACUCAUCCCUCUUACAUCUCUGGGGAGACUCACAAAAUACUAGAGCUGGGAGAAACAGAAAUCUUCGGAUCAGACCUCCUCCUUGGGCUGAUAAGGAAACCCAGAGGAAUCCAGCAAAAUGCUGGGUGAGGAAAGGGCCCCACCAAUAGGUGCCCAGCCCUUUACAGGACGAGAGUAUGACAUUGACCAUCAGCAUCCGUAGAAUUAACACUCCUCCUUGUGCAGAAGGCAGACUCUGACUAUGGAAAGUUGUCAGGACUCCAGACUGCAGGAGAAGUAAUGGAGUCAGCAUGCUGUGGGAAAACCUGUUCUCUAACCUGGGCUUCACCACCUGCUCGGUGACCCCAGGCUUACCCUCUCCUGCCACCUGUCUCCCAGCCUAACAAGUGGGGAGGACAUGAUUGCAUCACUGGUCCUGCAGGCCAACAUGAGGUUGAAGCUCAGAAGCAAAGUUUGGAAGCAACACAGAUGUGGGCUCAUUCCUGGGCAAGGGCCCCCUGAAAGGGACUCCAUGCUGUUUGCUGUUUGUCUACUUCUUUGAGCCCUUCUGAAUGAAAUGUUACUCCACUUGUAAAACCACCAGCAUUGGGGGUAAGGGGCUGGCCAGAGGGCUCUGGUGGACAGAGUUCAGCACUAUCUCCAUCAGUUUGCUUUCAAGAUGAGGAUGGAGAGAGUUUCGAGUGGGUGCUGUGAGCAUUGCCAUGCCACCUUCCUGGGAAUCCUGCAAGGACUUGGGACCUGCCUCAAAUGGGCUGCAUGCCCAUUCCUCCUGCUUUCUCCAAACUCCGAGUCCUGGGAUGUGUCUGCCUUUGACCAUGUGUGUCUUGUCUGAUGUCUGUCUUUUGUGGCUUUGCACCUGUCAGGCUGGAGUGGUUGGUGCAGCCCCUGGCAUCCCAGAUGUGGCUCCUGGCUCAUUCACGGGAGCCGGGCCACCUGGGUUUCAUCUCCCACAAUAAAGAUGAGUCCCCCAAGACCUUACUGCCCCUGCUUCCACCACUAAUGCUGUGCUCACAACCUUGUCCAGGAUUUUAAGAAUGUCAAAUUGCUAUAGCUGACUCAAUAAAUGUCUUACCAUUUUU